AUGAAACCAAAAGUCAAGGAAACCGGACCCAUCCCCUCUAAACGACCUGGCAAGAAUAAGGACAAUGAGUUUCGCCUAUGUACAUGGAACGUAAGAACCCUGAAUAGACCUGGUGCUCUAAAGAUUCUUAUCGAACAACUGAUCCCAUAUCAACUGGACAUUCUGGCUCUACAAGAAAUAAGAUGGAAACGGAUGCAUACAAAAUAA